AUGUUUGACCGUUUACUAUCUGAUACCACUACCUCGCUGUCCACUCAAGUUUCAUCCACCGCUUCCACUGUCUGCUUUCAUCUGCUUUUCUUUCUUCAUGAUCCCUUCGUCUCAGGUAAACCUGAAAAUGGUCUCUCCAUCACCGCCCUACAGGCGAUCGCUCACCACCAACUCUGCCUCUUUAGUGACCCUUCUCCAACCUUCUUCUACACCGAUCCUCUUCGUUCACAUGAUGCUCUCUUCAUAAACCUAAAACUCUUUUUUGACAUCGAUUGCAUCUCCCUUCUGAUUCUUGCGCUUCUCUCUCUACACCUAGAAAAAAUUCAUGUCAUCCCUCAUACAAUCUACUGCCCACCACCGCUAUCCCUACCAUUUUCUCGACUUAAGACAUCGAGAGCAAACCACCAGCCACCACCAACUGUUGUUGUUUCUGGAUGGUUCUACCGUUCCAACUUCUCUACGGUACUCUUAAUCGGCUUCCUUGACUCCACCAGCGUAACCACCACUUAUAAUCGGUCGGUAUCACCGCCUUCGGUUCCUUCAGUGACGGUGGGUUUUCUCAGUAAAAUCAAAUGCUGCUGCGGUUUUGAACCCUGA